AGGAGCUGCAGGCGGCUGGGUGUCCCAGCUCUGUCCCCACUGCGUGUGGCCCUUUGCACCCUGUGUCCCUCCCAGUGCGGGGACGGUGCCCAGGGGUCUGGGGGAAGGAGCAGAGCAAGGACAGAAGGGGUGUCACCAGCACCUGAGGGUCUCCCCCAGGAUGCCACCCCACGGAGGGGUGUUUGUGGGUCUCUGGCUGCUGCUCACCCCCAGCCUCGCUAAGCCCCAUCCCAGCGCAGGAGGGGCCACCCUGGCCUUUGUCUUUGAUGUCACCGGCUCCAUGUAUGAUGACCUGGUGCAGGUGAUGGACGGGGCCUCACGCAUCCUGGAACGGACACUCAGUAGGAGCACGAAGCCCAUCAGCAACUACGUGCUGGUCCCGUUCCAUGACCCAGAUGUAGGACCCGCCACCCUCACCGCAGACCCCCGGCUCUUCCAGCAGCGCCUGAGGGAGCUCCACGUCCAGGGUGGAGGGGACUGCCCGGAGAUGAGUGUGGGAGCCAUCAGGCUGGCCGUGGAGGUCUCGCACCCUGGCUCCUUCGUCUACGUCUUCUCGGAUGCUCGGGCCAAGGACUACGAGCAGCAGGAGGAGCUGCUGCGGCUGCUGCAGCACAAGCAGACCCAGGUGGUGUUUGUGCUGACAGGGGACUGCGGGGACAGGAGCCACCCUGGGUACCGCGUGUACGAGCGCAUCGCUGCCACCAGCUCCGGGCAGAUCUUCCACCUGGACAAGCAGCAGGUGACGGAGGUGCUGAAGUGGGUGGAAGAGGCCAUCCAGGCUUCUAAAGUCCACUUACUGUCCACGGACCAUGAGGAUGGUGGGGAGCACACGUGGCCGGUCCCGUUCGACCCUAGCCUGAAGGAGGUCACCAUCUCCCUGAGCGGCCCUGCCCCGGGCAUUGAGGUCCGGGAUCCAGCAGGAAAGGUCCUUGAGAAAGGCCAAGGGCUGAAGGAGCUGCUCAGCAUCCCCAACUCAGCCAUGGUGGUGACUGUGGAGCCCCAUGAGCCAGGGAUGUGGUCGGUCACGACCCAGAGCAGCGGCCGCCACUCACUGAGGAUCACGGGCAUCAGCAACAUUAAUUUUCAAGCCAGUUUCUCCACCCAGCCGGACUUUGACGCCAGCCAGCCUGGAGAGCGACCAGUGCAGGGUCUGCCCAUCUCCGUGGUGGUGAACUGCACUGGUUUGCAGCCGCCUGGGCACUUGCAGGAGAUGGAGCUCUUUGACACCUCCGGCCAUGCCCUCCUGUCGCUGCCCAUGCGGCCCCUCUCCAACACCUCCUCAGGGCAGCUCUGGGUGGGCUCGCCCCUCCAUGUCCCCCUGGGUGACUUUCUGCUGAAGGUCAAGGGAAAAGAUGCCCAGGGCCACCCCCUGCACCGCCUCUCUGGGGUCACCUACACCAGUGUGGUCCCCGGUCUACCCAAAGUGAACAUCUCCAGCAAGAUCCAAGCUUACAGCCGUGAGCCACAGCGGAUCUCCUGCUCUGCACAGAGCGAGGUCCCUUUCCGCCUGCAGCUCAGCCGGGGUAGGAUGAAGCUGGGAGAAGAGCAGCUCUUCAGGGUUUCAGGAAACAUCAGCUGGUUGAUCCCUGCGGUGUCCAAGAGUGAUGAAGGAUUUUACGACUGCACAGCCACAAGCAGGGUCGGGGUGACGCGGGCUCGUUCCUAUGUCUCUGUCUCAGAGCCACCGCCGCGUCUCAUAGCCCCGGCCAACAUCACAGCUUCACCUGGCCAAGACGUGGUCAUGUCCUGCCCGGUUCUGAGCGACGUGCCCUACAACCUGACAUGGAGCUGGGAUGGGAAGGCGGCGCAGCUGAGGGAUGGCCGGACCCGGCUGCUGCAGAACCGCUCGCUGGAGAUCAUUCGUGUGCAGCCAGGGGACGGGGGGCUGUACGAGUGUGUGGUCCACAGCGCCCAUGGCUCUGCCACCGCCUCCCUCUGGCUCUUCAUCCAGGAGGUGCCGUGGGUGAAGGUGGACGCCAGCCCCCAGCGUUUCGGCAGGGGCCAGGACCUGCGGCUGAACUGCACGGCCGGGGGUCACCCCCUGCCCCACACCGCCUGGAAGCGCUGGGGAUGGGUGCUGGAGCAGGACGAGAGGGUUUUCAUGGAUGCUCAGGGCACCCUGCACAUCAGGGCUGCCAUCCCGGAGGAUGCGGGGAAUUACAGCUGCUAUGCCAGCAGCGCGCUGGGCUGGGAUGAGCGAGUCAUCACCCUGGAGUUCACUGAGCCUCCUGCCAUCCUGGCAGUGACGCCCAGCGUGAAGGCGCUGGUGGGAGAAGACGUGACCCUGGAGUGCUGGGUUUUGGGGGUGCCCCCACCCCACGUUGUGUGGUACAAAGGUGAGCAGGCGGUGGCGGCGUUCCCCCCCGGCACCCAGCGUGCCGUCCUGCGGCUGCAGGGGGUGCGGGAGGAGGAUGCAGGGCGGUAUGUCUGUGAAGCUCUCGGUGAGGCUGGCGUCGCCUUCAAUGACACCGAGCUGGAUGUGGGGUCUGCCCCUCACUUUCCUGAGCCCCUGGGGGACAUGACAGUCGAAGUUGGGGACAGCGUGAGCCUGCUGUGCCGUGUCGAGGGCUCUCCCACACCACAGGUCACCUGGUCCCGGCGGGACGGGAAGCCCGUGAUGGGCUGGCAGGGACCACGGGGUGUUUCCAGCCAUCUGGAGGCUGCUGAGCUGCUCAUCCACAGUGUCUCACUGGAUGAUCAAACCGUCUACAUCUGCGAAGCCCAGAACGAGUUUGGGAAAAUCCAAGCGGAGGUCAAGCUCACAGUCACCGGACACGCUCCUCAAAUAGCCCUCGCAUCACCCGUGGUCCAUGCACUUCCAGGCCAGUCUGUCUCACUGCCCUGCGUGAUCCUGGCUGGGAAGCCGUUCCCAGCCCGUCGCUGGAUGAGGAAUGGGCAGACGGUAGCCCCAAGCAGCCAAUACUCCAUCCAGGCUGAUGGGAGCCUGCACAUUGACCAGGUGUCUCAGGGGGACGUGGGAAUGUACACCUGCGAGGUGACCAAUGUCUUUGGCUCGCACAGGCAGGACAUGUCCCUGGUCAUCCACGUUCCUCCCACCAUUGAGCUUGGUCCUGUCCUUAUCACUGCCACUGAGGGAGCAGCUGUCGCCCUGCGCUGCAAUGCCACUGGUGUGCCCACCCCUAUUGUCACCUGGGCAAAGGGCACAGAGCCCAUCUCACCUAGUCUACACUACCACCUUGACCCUGAUGGAACCCUCCUGAUCGCUUCGCCCUCCCCUGGGGACACUGGGACCUACUUCUGCACUGCCACCAACACAGCAGGCUUCUCCAGACGGGAGAUGCAGCUCUCUGUCAGCACUAAGCCCAGGAUCAGCGUGAAUGGAUCCCAGGUGUCAGACCCUGUAACCAUCCUGGCUGUCCUUGGGCAGGAGACCACCCUGCCCUGCCAGGUUCAAGGCCGUCCCCCUCCCUUGGUGGUGUGGACCCGUGAGUCCCAGCUGCUGCCUCUUGCCACUGCAAGGUACAAUGUCCUCCCUUCGGGGUCGCUCCGGCUGGCCAGUCCCCAGGUGACAGACACCGGCAUCUACACCUGCACAGCCAUGAACUCUGCAGGGAACACCUCACUCAGCUACAGCCUGCAAGUCCAAGUUCCACCCCAGCUGCAGAUCGGUGAUGGGGAAAACCACCUGACGGCCGUUGCCAACGACUCUCUGAGGAUUCACUGCCAUGCCACAGGCGUCCCCACACCCCAGAUCCAGUGGCUGAAGGACAAGCACCCACUGGGCGAGCAGGAUGGUGCGGUGGUGUCCAGGGAUGGCAGGACCCUCCUGAUCACCCACGUAGGGCUGGGUCACCAAGGGCUCUAUGUCUGUCAGGGCAGCAGCAGUGCAGGGGUGGCCCAGGCGGAGGUGCAGGUUUCGGUGCAAGUGCCCCCGUCCUUCUCCUCGGCAGAGCCUGUUGUCACGUCCGUGCUGGAGGGACAGUCUGUCAGGCUGGCCUGCGAGUGCCAUGGGGUCCCCUUCCCCACCCUGAGCUGGAGGAAGGAUGGCAAGCCCCUCUCUGCCCAACCCGGGGGCCUAGAGCUGGUGUCCACAGAAGGGAGCAUACUGUACAUGGAGAAGGUACGGCCGGUGGAUGAGGGGACAUACACGUGUGAGUGCAGGAAUGCCGCUGGCAGCAGCAGCAAGGAGCAUCACCUGGAGGUGCACGCACUGCCAAGGAUCCAGGGCAGCAAAGCCCUGAGGAAGGUUUCUGUCAUCAAGUCUGGCGAGACGGUUUUGGAGUGCGAUGCUGUGGGGACACCACCACCCACAGUGACAUGGGUGAAGGACGGGCAGCCUGUGGCCAGCAAGGACGGGCUACUGCUUAAGCAGCAGGGGAGGCGGCUGCGCAUCCCCAAGGUGGAAGUGGCCCACGCAGGACGCUACACUUGCCUGGUGACAAAUGCAAUGGGACAGGAACAGAGGGAGUUUGAUGUUGUGGUGCACGUUCCUCCUGAGUUCAUUCAAGGAUCAGGAUCAACAACCAACAUCAGUGUGUCUCUGCAUGGAGCCCUGACACUAACCUGUGAGGCCACUGGAGUUCCCCUGCCCACAGUCACCUGGUCCUGGAAUGGCUCUCCUGUCACUCCCAGCGAGCACAUGCAGGUGCUUUCAGGGGGCUGGCUGCUGAGACUGGCCCAAACACGGGCCCAGGAUGGUGGCCACUAUUCCUGCCUGGCCAGCAAUGUAGCCGGGGAGGCCAGGAGGCAUUUCUACGUGGAGGUCCUCGUUCCUCCUCACAUCGAGAAUGUGGAUGAAGAAGAGACCAUCACAGUACCCGAGGGUCACUCUGUCACCUGGUCUUGCGUGGCUGCAGGCAACCCCCAGCCUAAGAUCACCUGGCUGAAGGACGGCCACCCUCUGCCUGGCAAGGACACCUUCUCCGUCUCCCCUGAUGGCUCCAUGCUCCACGUCACCCGAGUCUCCCUGUCUGACUCUGGCCGCUACUCCUGCGUGGCCUCCAGCUCUGUGGCGAACCAAACCAAGCACUACCUGCUCGAUGUGUCAGCCAGACCUACCUUUGCUGGAGAUGCCCAUGAUGCCACCACAGAAGUCAUCGUGAUCAUCAACAACCCCAUCUCCCUGGUUUGCGAGGCUCUGGCCUACUCAUCUCCCAACAUCACCUGGCUAAAGGAUGAGGUUCCCCUCAAAGAAUCUAGAAAUGUCCAUGUGCUCCCUGGUGGCCAUGGGCUGCAGAUCCUGAAUGCUCAGGAGGAGGACACGGGCACAUACAGCUGCAUCGUGGCCAGCGAAGCUGGAGAGGCUGUGAAGAACUAUGCUGUGAAGGUCCUGGUUCCUCCCUUGAUUACCAGAGAUGACCCUUUGGGGGAAUUUGCCAUGAAAGAGGUGAAAACUAGAGUCAACAGCACAGUGACACUGGAGUGUGAGACCCGGGCUGUGCCUGAGCCGACCAUCCAGUGGUACAAGGACAAGCAGCUUCUGGAAAGUACUGGCCACAUCCAGAUCCUCAGCAAGGGGCAGGUCCUUCAAAUCAAACCAGCCAGUGUCUCUGACUCAGGGCACUACACCUGUGUGGCCACCAAUGCUGUGGGAGAAGAUGACAGGGACUUCAUUGUCCAUGUCCAAGUGCCACCCCUCUUCCAGCAGCAGACAAGCCCCAACGAAGUCCUUGAGAUCUUCUAUCUGGAAGAAGACCAGGAUGGGGAGGUGACAGAGCACCGGCAGGCUGUCCUCGGCCAGCCCACCACCCUCUACUGUGACACCAGUGCCAUCCCACCUCCCCAGUUCAGCUGGUACAAGGAUGGGGAGCCCCUCGCCCCAGGCCCAAGGGUGCUGAUGCUGCUAGGGGGCCGGGUGCUGCAGCUGCCGGCAGUGCAGGAGGAAGACAAGGGCAGAUACACAUGUGAGGCAACAAACGUGGCAGGACGGGACCACCGGCACUACGAGCUGGAGGUGCUGACUGCCCCCACCAUCCAUGGUGACAUGGAGGACCUGGCUGAGGAGGUGACAGCCACUAUCAAUGCCACCGUCCACUUCAAAUGCGAAGCCACUGGACAACCUGUGCCCACGGUAUCCUGGCUCUGGAAUGAUGUCCCCAUUGUUGCCAGCCCACGGCACCAGCUCCUGGAAGGUGGCACUGUCCUGCAGGUGGCCAUGGUGGAGGUGGGUGACACUGGCAGCUACACGUGUGUGGCCGAGAACGUGGCUGGCUCAGCCGAGAAACACUUCACCCUCUCCGUGGAGGAUAAGGCAUCCACAGCGACUCUUGCCCAGGCCAGCAAAGCCUUCCAGCCCCUGGUGAUGGAGCCCCCCCGCAUUGAGGCUGCAUCCCAUCCCACUGAGAUGUCCAUCACUGUGGGUACCCCACUAAAGCUGACGUGUGUGGUGACGGGUGUCCCCGUGCCCACUGUCACCUGGGAGAAGGACAGACAGCUGCUGGCAGGGCCCUGGCUUGUGUCGGGGAAUGAGAGCACCUUCCACAUCGAGAGCACUAAGGUGGCUGACGCUGGCUUGUACACCUGCCUGGCCACUAGCCCCGCCGGCGAGGACAGCAGGAGCUUCCACGUCAGCAUCCAAGCACCCCUCAGCAUGGCGAGUGUUGGAGAAACCCCCAUCAUCACCGCUGUGGCAGGGGGGCAGCUCAUCCUGGAGUGCCCUGAGGAUGCCGUGCCGCCCCCCCACAUCGAGUGGCACCAGGAGGGCUCCCCAGUGCAGGAGGAUCCCCGCAGGCAGAUUCUGGCCGAGGGGCGAUUCCUACAGAUCCAAGCAGUAGAGGCAGCAGAUGGUGGGGAGUACAGCUGCAGGGCCACCAACGUGCUGGGGGACAUCAGCCUGCGUGUCCGCGUGGAGGUUCACGUGGCCCCUGAGAUCCAGCCAGGCCCCGAGGAGGUGGAGGUGCUGGCGAAUGACUCCGUGGUGCUGCCAUGCCAGGCGGAGGGGUGGCCCAUGCCCCAGGUGACAUGGCGCAAGGACGGACGGCUUCUGCCUCUCGGAGGGAACAACAGGCUGCAGCUCCUGCCCGACGGCUCCCUGCAAAUCGACCCUGUUCAGGUCCAGGAUUCGGGCUCUUACCUCUGCAUGGCAUCCAGCCCCGCUGGCUCUGACCAGCGAGGCCUGGACCUCCACGUCCUGGUCCCUCCCACCAUUGCCUCUGGUCCCUCCAACCUCACACUGCUGGCUCAGCAACCGGCCACACUGGGCUGUGACGCCUGGGGAUCCCCUGAGCCCCACAUCAGGUGGGAGAAGGACGGUCACCCCCUGAACCCACACCUCCUGCCCAGCACCUACAGCUUGCAGUCCUCAGGGUCGCUGCUCAUCACCAGCCCCGGUCCCUGGGAUGAGGGGCAGUUCGAGUGCAUCGCCACCAGCACUGCUGGAGAGGCACGGAAGGCUUUCCUUGUGUCCAUCCACGUGCCCCCCACCAUUGCUGAUGACCUCACGGAUGUGACUGUCACCCAGCUGUCCCCUGUUGUCCUCACCUGCUAUGCCUCUGGCAUGCCCCCACCCAUGGUGUCGUGGAGCAAGGAGGGGGCUCAGCUGGGCAGCCGAGGAGGGGGCUACCGUGUCCUGCCCACAGGGGCCCUGGAGAUCAGGCAGGUGCUGCCUGCACACGCCGGCCACUACACCUGCACGGCGAGGAACGCUGCUGGCACAGUCCAAAAACACCUUCGGCUUGCGGUGCAUGAACCUCCUGCCUUGAAGCCCCUGCCCGGUGUGGUGAUGGUGAUGGUCAAUACUAGCGUGGUGCUGCCCUGUGAAGCAACAGGGGUCCCCAGACCAGAGGUCACCUGGCAAAAAGAUGGUGUUGGCAUCACUGGAGGGCCUGGGCUGAAGGUGCUCCCAAAGGGGCGGCUGCGUCUCCUCCGGGCAUCCCCAGGGGAUGCAGGUACCUACCUGUGCGUGGCUAGCAACCCUGCGGGCACCGCGGCAGGGAGGACCAGGCUGAUCGUGCAAGUGCCCCCUGUCAUCACGGCUGGACCAGCAGAGCUGGCUGUCCUGGAGGGGCUGGACGUGCUGCUGCCCUGUGCCACCCGUGGUGUCCCUGAGCCUCGCGUGUCCUGGAGCCGGGACGGAGCCCCAGUGAGGGGUGGGGGUGGGAAAGCCACUGUCCUGCCUUCUGGAGAGCUGCUGCUCCAGGAUGUCCAGAAAGAGGAUACCGGGAGCUACUCCUGCACUGCGGUGAACUCGGCGGGGAGGGCUGUCCGCCGGCUGUCCCUCUCCGUCCACACCCUGCCCACCUUCACCCGCCUGCCUGGAGACGUCACCCUGAGCUGGGGCGAGAGGCUGGAGCUGGUGUGUGCGGCCGCGGGCAGCCCCCAGCCCCGCAUCUCCUGGACGGCCAAUGGGCAGCUUGUCACCGACGGUGUGUCAGGGCAGAGGGGCCAGAGCACGCUGCAGCGGGAGGCAGCUACCCGCGCCGACAGCGGGACCUAUGUCUGCCAUGCUGAGAACAGUGCCGGUGCCAUCAGGGCCACCGCCUUUGUCUCUGUCAGAGAGGCACCCAUCAUACAGGGACACCUCAGUACCUACCAAGUGGAGCCCCCUGGGGGUGAUGCCCUCCUUGACUGUGACGCCCGGGGGCACCCUGUGCCCCUGGUCCGCUGGAGCAAGGACGGGGUACCUGUGGGGACUGGCGGGCACCUGCACCAGCUGCAGAACGGCUCCCUGGCCAUCCGUGGCGUGGGGAGUGCUGACACAGGGCACUACCGAUGCGUGGCAGAGAACGACGCAGGCACAGCUGCAAAGGUUGUCACCCUGGCCCUGCAGAGUGCCCCUGCAGUGAUGGUGACACCACGAGCAGUGUCGGCACGUGCCGGGCAGCGGGUGCUGCUGCACUGCGCUGUGUCGGGGGAGCCCACCCCCUCCGUGGAGUGGCAGCGGGAUGGGGAACCGCUGCCCGAGGGUCCCCGUGCCCGUGUCCUGCCCAACGCCACCCUGCUCCUGCCCUCUGUCAGCCGCCGUGACACUGGCAGCUACUCCUGCCAUGCUCGCAAUGCUCUGGGCUCUGCCAUCGCCCAAGUCACCCUGGCUGUCCAAGGGGAGCCACGCCGGGUGCGGGGCAGCCUGGUUGGCGUCAUCAAUGCCCAUGAGCUUGGUGUCACCACCCUUGAUGCCAGCGUGCUGGACAACCCGCACUCCAGCACCACUGCCAUCCGGAGCAGCAUUGGCAGCAUUCCCCCCACCCUAGGGCCACUGAUGCGGGUGUUGGUCACCAUCAUUGCCCCUGUCUACUGGUCUUUGUCGCACACUGUUGGGGACACCCACAGCGGGUUCCUGCUCACCCACGGCACCUUCCGGCACGAGUCACAGCUGGAGUUUGCCACAGGGGAGCUCCUGCGUGUCACCCACCUCGCCCGGGGCGUGGAUGCCACUGGCGCUCUGCUCCUGGCCAGCGUGAUCAGCGGCUCCGUGCCGGAGAGCAUCGGCGAGACAGCGGUGCAGCUGCAGGACUUCAGUGAGCGCUACGUGCAAACGGGUGUGGGGCGGCUCUCGGGCAGCUCGGUGCAGAGCUUCCUGCGGGACGGGCACAUCACCCAUGCCCACUGCAAUCACACCAUCAUGUACGACCCCACCCCGGGCCCAUGGUCCCCCCGGGUGCAGCACAUUCAGGCCAGUGCCCUCAAAACCUCCUAUGACCCGGUCUCAGAGGAGCUUCGCUUCCAGCUCCAUGCCUCGCUUGAUGCAGGGGCUGACAGAGACCAGUGCCCGCUGGGAUUCAUCCUGAGCCCCCAGCAGCUGUACUGCAUUGAUGUCGAUGAAUGUGCCGACGGGUCCCACACCUGCCACUACAACCAGCUUUGCCAGAACACCGCAGGGGCAUAUCGCUGUGCCUGCCCUCCUGGCUACCGCUCGCUGGGCGCUGGCUGGCCAUGCUGGGACAUAAAUGAGUGCCUGCAGUUUCCUCCGCCCUGUGCCGUUGAGUGCCUCAACCUACCGGGCUCCUACCAGUGCCUGUGCCCCCCCAGCAGGACCCUGCUGCCAGGCGGCAAGUGUGGCCCAGCGGGGGUGGAUGGAGGGGACACAACAGGCAGCACCCCUAGGAACCCCCCACUGCGCUGGCUGGGGCCCAGCAGCCACCCGCAGGGACGGUCCUUGUACACCCAGCUCGCCCUGCGCCGCGUGGCCAAGGCCGUGGGGCUGCGGGGUCCCCCUUGUCCCGUGGGGUUCAUCAAGAGGAACGGGACCUGCACUGACCUUGACGAGUGCCAGAUGUUGAACCAGUGCCAGCACAAGUGCAGGAACAGCCUGGGCACCUACCGUUGUGUCUGCCCCCCUGGCUACCGGUUGCUGCCCAACGGGAAGAGCUGCCAUGAUGUGGACGAAUGUGCAGAAGGCACGAUCCAGUGUGGCUCGAGCCAGAUGUGCUUCAACACCCGCGGAGGUGCCCAGUGUGUGGAUGCCCCAUGCCCUGACGGGUACCAGAGAGGCUCCAGUCCCGGGCUGUGUGUUGGUGUCUGCACCCCGGAUUGUGGCUCGGCUGGUCCCCCCAUGCUGCGGUACCAGCUGCUCACCCUGCCCCUUGGCAUCACUGCUGGCCGUGACGUGGUGCACCUUGCCCCGGGCACUGCCCUCCGCCACCACCCCAUCUUCUCGCUGCUGGAGCAGGAACCUGGCAGCCCCUUCGCCCUCCGCACUGAGCAGGGCCGUGGCAUCAUCUCCACCCUGCGCCCGCUGCGGGACCCCGGCACCCACCGCCUCAAGGUGCAGGCGCUGGCCCCGGGCAGGCAGCGGGCACCCAGCAUCUUCCUCCUCUUCAUCUCCGUCUCGCCCUACCCCUACUGACACAGCCGAGGGACAGGAGGGGACGCAGGGUCAUAUCUCCUCCUGUCCCUUGCCACUGUGCUGGUGGGAGCACGUGGCUCAGGGAGAGCUGAGCUUGCACCAUUCCUCUCCCUCCUGGACACCCCCUGUGCCCCCACCAGCCCCUGCCCGCAUUGCCUUCUCCCUGGGAGACUUAGUGGGGCCCUGGAGGGAACAGCAUGUCCUGUCAGCCCCUUGCAAUCAGGUUUUGUUGCAAUCCCACAAUUUGCACCGGCAGCCCCUGGAGCAAACACAGCUCUGGAUGGCCUUGGCCGUAAUCAGCCUGCAGAUAUGGGGUGGGAGGAAUGAGAUGGGUGACAGGGGCCAGCUAGGACCCCCCUAGGGUGCGAGGUGUGAUCCAUGGAGUUGGGGAGGGCAGAGGGCACAGGGCACCCUGGCAUUAACCACAUAUUAAGUUGAAAUAGCCUUAUGGUUUUUUGGUUUUUUAUGUUUUUUAAUCCACUUCGUUUCUGUGCACACUUAUUUAUUUCUGGUUUUGUUCCAAAUAAAGGUGUUUUGUGGAUAAA